AUGUAUUGCAUUGCCCUUCUGACCGCGUCGCUGGCGGCUGGCGUUUUUGCGCAGGUUGUUGAGAAUCCACACAAGUGGGCCGCGCAGAGAGUUGCGAAGAGAGCUCCUGCUGCACCACAAGAGCGCCCAUCCUUCUCGACGCUCUCGAAACGACAACAGUCCAGCUACUUGACGCCUCAGACCGAAAAGUUUGCUGUCAAUGGCACCGGGAUCCCAAUGGUCAACUUCGACGUUGGCGAGUCUUAUGCCGGCACGCUGCCCAUUGAUGGAAAUAGCUCGAACCAAAACCAGCUGUUCUUUUGGUUCUUCCCCUCGGACAACCCAGCGGCGUCGGACGAGAUCACUAUCUGGUUGAACGGCGGACCGGGAUGCAGCUCACUCGACGGGCUUCUACAAGAACAUGGCCCCUUCCUUUGGCAGUCCGGGACUUACGCUCCACUACCGAACCCCUUCUCCUUUGUGAAUCUUACCAAUAUGGUAUAUGUUGACCAACCGAUUGGCACGGGGUUUUCCCCUGCAGCACCGGGAGCUCCAGCCAAGAUCAACAACGAGGUUGAUGUUGGUAGACAAUUUGCCGGCUUCUGGAAAAACUUCAUGACCACGUUCAACAUGACAGGCCGGAAGGUCUACAUCACCGGCGAGUCGUACGCCGGACAAUAUAUUCCCUACAUUGCCAGCUAUAUGAUUGAUCAGAACAACACCGAUUACUACAACGUCGCUGGCGUCCAGAUCAACGAUCCCAGUAUAGGGCUGAGCUCCGUCCUCAUUGAAGUGCCUGCUGUCACACACCUGAACAACUAUGCCAAUAUCUUCGGCCUUAAUGAUACAUUCAUGUCUGCGAUCAACAAGCGGGCAGAGCAGUGCGGCUACAUCAAGUACAUGGAAAAUGCCUUGACAUUCCCACCUAAGGGCAAAUUCUACGAACCAGUGAACGCAUCAAACCCAGAUUGCUUUGUCUGGGAGGAUAUCAUUAACGCCGCGAUCUACGUCAACCCUUGCCUCAACUUUUACCACCUGACAGACUUCUGCCCUUUCUUGAAUGACGAGCUCGGUUUCCCAUCUCUCGGCAAUGGUCCCAACAACUAUUUCAACCGCAGCGACGUCCAGGCUGCCAUUCACGCCCCUCCCACCGACUACGUGAUCUGCGGUGACCCCAACCUGUUCCCCAAGGGUGACCAAUCGCCCCCAUCAUCUUUCAGCGCCCUUCCCCAUGUCAUUGAACACACCAACAACGUCAUCGUGGGCAGCGGUCUUUUGGACUUCCUCCUUCUGACCAACGGGACACUGAUGACCCUCAACAACAUGACCUGGAACGGCGCGCAAGGCUUCUCCAAGAGACCAUCUGACAAGUUCUUCGUGCCCUACAACCCCUCGAUCGGGUUCGUUAUCCAGGAGAUAAACAACCAGCCUAUCCCCGCCACACCCGUGGGCUUGGUCGCGGGUGGUGGAUACAUGGGCAUCACGCACACUGAAAGAGGAUUGACCUGGGUGACGGUUGACCUUGCGGGCCAUGAGAUUCCCCAGUACGUGCCCGGCGCCGCGUACCGACAGCUGGAGUUUUUGCUGGGUAGAGUCAAGAGCCUAACUCAGCUGGGUGACUUCUCGACGCAGCAUGGGAACUACACUGGCACAACUCCAUUGUAG